GGGAGCAGAAGGUAAACAAACGUGUGGAGAGAAGCAUCGUCUGCCACACACCUGCUGCCGCUACACACACACACACCUGCCUGCCACACCUGCUGCCACUACACACACACACACACGCCUGCCACACAUCUGUUACCUCCAGUAGAUGAUGAGGUGACGGUUCUAGUACAUAAUUGGUGUCUUUUCUGUCUCCCAUGGAAUGGUGUGUUCUUCUGAAAACCCUUCAUAAAAAAUAUCCUUAAUAGUGUAGUCAUUAUGCUACGAAGUGCUACAUAUCACAUUUUUCCUGUGAUCAAGCAGGUAACAAAAUGUGGGUUGGUGAUAAGAAGCCUAUAUUCUAAAUAUGCAGUUGUGGAUGUCUGCACGUGUUCUUCAUGGGACAUUGAACGUCGGUUAUUGCCAGCAGCUUCAUCAAGUAGCAGUUGGCAGCAGGGUAAGCAACUACAAAAGCCUUACAAACAUUAUCACAGUCCCUUCACUUUAUCAAGGAUGACCAGUGGUAACAUUUUCCAUCCUUCAGACACUACUUUGGGGGUUGCUUCUUUGCCAUUAUGGUCUCUUCCUGAUACUUCAUACAAGAAUUGUCGUGUUCGGCUGUACUCUACCAAGCCUCCCUCUGUGCCUUCUUCAGCUGAUGAGAGACUCAAGGAAACCAAGACAUUGACUUCAAGAGAAGAUGACAAGGCUGCUACAGAGGCUCAAGGAGUGUCAGAUGACAAUAACAAAGAUAUGUCCUUAGUGCAGAAGUUCAAGCUGAUGUACCAGCAGUACUGGUAUGUGUUGAUCCCAGUGCAUCUAGUGACUUCCGUCGUCUGGUAUGGAUCUUUCUUCAUAGCUGCUAAGAGCGGUGUUGAUAUAGUUCCAUUACUGGAGACGUUGGGAGCAGGAGAGAAGAUCCUCUCACACUUGCAGAAGAGUGAUGCUGGUUAUUAUGCUAUUGCUUAUGCCCUCUAUAAAAUUGCUACACCUGCAAGAUAUACUGUAACAAUAGGCGGGACGACACUCUCUAUCAACUACUUAAAGAAGCGUGGCUACAUAAGACCUGUUCCUUCAUCUGAGAAGCUAAAGGAGAUGUAUGAAGGUAAAAAGGAGGAAUUCAUUGAAAGGAAAGAGGAAAUGGUUGGGAGGUACCAGGAGAAGAAGGGGGAGAUGGUCGACAAAUAUCAGGAGAGGAAAGAGGAAAUGGUUGAGAAGUAUCAGGAAAAGAAAAGUGAAAUGGUACAAAGAGUAUCGGUAAAGAGAGAUGAAUUGAAGGGAAAAGUGUCGGAGAAGAGAGACGAAAUUAAAGGUAGGAUAGAGGAACAAAAAGAGAAGCUUGGCAGUAUACGAGAUAGCAUGAGGAAGAGAAGGAAGGCAAAGCUGGAAGAAGAGUCAAAUGUCAGGGAAAAAAUAAUAUAUUUAACCUGGGUAAGGUAAGGUAAUUAUGAGGAGAAAAGCACCAAGCCAUUACAACUAUGCAGCACUAGGAAGGGAUGAUGAUAAGGACUUAGGAUGGAAGAAAGAAAUGUGUCCAACUACUUGGAUGGAUUGAACAUCGACCUGCAGGAAGUGAAAGCAUCACUGUACUGUCCAAUCCAAGUGGUAAGUGUGUAAGAGAUACAGUGUAGGUUGAAUACAGUGUAUACAGUGUAGCUUAGAAUAGUGUUGCUGAAUGUAACACAAAACUCCCAUAAUGUGCUGCUUCGUGAACCACUUUUAAGUAAACUCGUCUGAAUCCUUGUGCUUUGAUUUCUUCAGCAUUUUUCACUCUGAACUCUUACCACCAGUUUUCUCUUACUAGUCAUUAAAUUCCAUGUAAUCUAGAUGAAAGUUAUAUGGGUGGAUAGAGAAGAAAAUUGUUGUAAACAAAUGGAAAUGGUGAAAUAAUUAAUAAUACCCAACCCCACACUUCUGAAUAAAAGGAAGGUGAUGACAUUUCUGUUCAUCCUAGACCUUAUCAAGUCCCUGGUAUUUUGUUUAAAAUACCUGAGAUGUAUGAUAAAAGUUGAGAAUAUGGUCAUUCUGAAAAAAAAAAGGUCUGGUUCAAUGAAAGCCUUGGUUUGGAAAAAUAAGAUAGGAAUAGGUGCAACAAGAUGUCUACAUUAAAGAGUGGUGGUUGAGAGAUGAUGGUGUGAUAUAAUAAUGAAAACUAUUGAGCUAGUGUAGUAGAAAUUGGUAUUCUGAGAAGCAUGUGUGGUGAUAGGAGAAUAAACAGAUAAACUAUCAUGGUUGUGAAAAAGUCAGUAAAUUGCAAGAUUGAGGAGAGAAUACCAAGAUGGUCUGAACAUGUUAAAUGAAUGGAUGAUGGUGGACUGGUGAGGUGUGUGUGUGUCAAAGUGAAUUUUAUGUUAGGGUAGAAGAAUAUCACGCACAUGUGAACUGACAUGAUAAGUGCGUGUUGAAGCACGGAGCAAGUGUGGAUAACAAACAGGAUAUGGUAAGGGACAAGGAUAAGUGGAAGCAAUUUUGUAAGAAUAGAGUAAAUGUAUUUGUAUGUCGUUUAUGUAAUGAUGAAAUGUAGUACUGUGGUGCUUGUUUAUUCAUGAUUGUGUUUAUUGUACCUGUAUUGUGAUUGAUAUAAGGAAAAACUAGGGAUAUUUUUAAGGUCUUAUGUAAUACAGUACUUAUUACAGCUCCCAGUUUUCCUGCAUUACUCACAUUUUUUCUCAGAGAUGAUGCCUUCCCGCCUUAUGAAAAUGGGAAACACGGUAAUGUCUGCACAUAUAUUUAGUUAAAGUUUAAUAUUGCCCAAAACAUUAAUAGCUAUUUGUGGAUAUACACUAAUUAAAUUGGUAUGGUAAUAGGAAAAAAAAUUGAAAAAUAUUAAAUAUGGGUAGAGCUUUGUUGCCAUUGAAUCAGGGCAGUUAAGGGCAGACACCAUACAGGUAUUUGUAUCUCGGAAUAAGGGUUCAGUUUACUGCAGUCCACCAGAAUAUGUUUACACUGUAAUAUCAGUACUCUUAAUGUUUCUAAUGCAUAUCAGUAUGAUAUCAAUGCUGUAUUGCUGAAAUUCAACAGUAUAAUAUCCUGUGCAGUUUAUUAUUACCAUUGACAGAGGCUUCUCCAUAUUAUUUACUGUAUUGUCAAAUAGAAUACUUGUGUAUACUCUAUUUAUAUUUUAAAAAUCAUUCUAUUAAAAAAGUGCCAUGUUUCAGUAAAGAAUUAGUAGUAGUAGUAGUAGUAGUAAUGAUAAUUAAAUACUGUAUUUCAAUGGAGAUUCUGCAUUUAUUUUGUCUUAAUGAUUAAUUAAAAGCCUCAAAACCACAGGAAAUGAAAGUCUGUCAGUUUAAGUAAGCUUCAGUUAAUAAUUUAAUUAAAGUACAAUAGUUCUUGGUUAUACUUUUAGCAAGUACUGAGAGAGAGUUAUUCAGGUUGGCAUUUAAUUUAGUUCAUUCAGAUCAAUUCAGGUUUUUCCAACCUAUCAUUUACUACAAAAUUAUUAUGUUGACUGUGCACUUAAUAAUGGAAGAUAUCUUAAAAGCAUAUUGUAUAUACUGGUGUAUAUAGUGGAGAUAAAUAUUUAUGGAAAAUAAUAUUUGUUUGCCCUAGAUAAGAUAGGAAGUUAUUUGGGGUCUUAACGAAAAUGUGAUAAUUCUGCUGAAAUAUAAUGCAAGGUGUGAUAGCAUGAUGGUUAAGGUGUAGGGAUAUGACAUGAUGUCGAUUGUGACAUGACGCCAACUGUGACAAUCUUGACCAUGCCAUGAUACUUGUCAUACCAUGUUACUGACCAUACAUUGAUGCUGACCAUGCCAUGAGACUUACCAUGCUGUGAUAUGGACUGUUGCAAUGCUAACCAUAAUGUGAUGCUGACUGUGAUGUGAUGCUGACUGUGAUGUGAUGCUGACUGUGACGUGAUGCUGACUGUGACGUGAUGCUGACUGUGACGUGAUGCUGACUGCGACGUGAUGCUGACUGUGACGUGAUGCUGACUGCGACGUGAUGCUGACUGCGACGUGAUGCUGACUGCGACGUGAUGCUGACUGCGACGUGAUGCUGACUGCGACGUGAUGCUGACUGCGACGUGAUGCUGACUGCGACGUGAUGCUGACUGCGACGUGAUGCUGACUGCGACGUGAUGCUGACUGUGACGUGAUGCUGACUGUGACGUGAUGCUGACUGCGACGUGAUGCUGACUGCGACGUGAUGCUGACUGCGACGUGAUGCUGACUGCGACGUGAUGCUGACUGCGACGUGAUGCUGACUGCGACGUGAUGCUGACUGCGACGUGAUGCUGACUGCGACGUGAUGCUGACUGCGACGUGAUGCUGACUGCGACGUGAUGCUGACUGCGACGUGAUGCUGACUGCGACGUGAUGCUGACUGCGACGUGAUGCUGACUGCGACGUGAUGCUGACUGCGACGUGAUGCUGACUGUGACGUGAUGCUGACUGUGACGUGAUGCUGACUGUGACGUGAUGCUGACUGCGACGUGAUGCUGACUGCGACGUGAUGCUGACUGCGACGUGAUGCUGACUGCGACGUGAUGCUGACUGCGACGUGAUGCUGACUGCGACGUGAUGCUGACUGCGACGUGAUGCUGACUGCGACGUGAUGCUGACUGCGACGUGAUGCUGACUGUGACGUGAUGCUGACUGUGACGUGAUGCUGACUGUGACGUGAUGCUGACUGCGACGUGAUGCUGACUGCGACGUGAUGCUGACUGCGACGUGAUGCUGACUGCGACGUGAUGCUGACUGCGACGUGAUGCUGACUGCGACGUGAUGCUGACUGCGACGUGAUGCUGACUGCGACGUGAUGCUGACUGCGACGUGAUGCUGACUGCGACGUGAUGCUGACUGUGACGUGAUGCUGACUGCGACGUGAUGCUGACCAUCCCUCAACACAAUAGUCAGAUCACUUGUUUAUUCUAUGAUCAAAACCUCAUUGUUGAGCUGGAAAGUUGGUCUGGUACUUUAUACUCUAAUGAAUUAGACAUAAGUAGAUAAUUAAAGUUACCAAAAUCUUUUAAAAUAAUUCCUUAAUGUGCAAACUUUGGAAAUGAUUAUCAUCUCUAAAUAUAGGCUGGAAAAUUAAUCAUAUUACCUGUUGGUGUCAACAACAACAAAUAUUAGGAUCAACUGUAUUUUGUAUAUUGAGAUUAUUUCUACCAAGUUUGAGAUGUUAUGCAUUGCCAUGAAAAUCUUUGAAGAGGCUUUAACCAUUGUUCCUGUAAAUAGAUGUAAAGACAUUUGGCCACUCAUGUAAACAGUUACAAAAAGAUACCUAGAACCAAUCCUGUAUGUAGACAUAAAAAGAUGUGUUGAAUA